AUGCCCAUGCCAUGUGGGGAGCAACGAGAGAGCGACGGUGCCGGCUGGGUGAACACCGAACCAAUGAAAGGUCAAGUCAUUGGCCUCGAGAUUGAGAAGACUGAGGAAGAACCAGAUGAGGAUAAGGAGCUCUUGAAGGUAGCUGAUCCUCAGGAGGCCAAAGAGCUUAAGGAAGUUCCGCCAACGCUGUGCGGCAUUGACAUGAAAUGGUUCUCACUGAUUGCUUUAACGUUUCAGACUACGGGACAAGCGCUUCUCAUCAAAUGGGCAGACGCUCAAGGCAAAAAGGAGUAUAUGCCAAGUACUGUGGUUUUCUACACGGAAGUGGUCAAGCUCAUCACCAGUGUUCUUUUGGUGAUCAACGAAAGUAGUGACCUGUCAACUGCCAUGAGCAAUAUGAAGGGGCAUUUUACUCAUUCUGGUCGAGAUUUGGCCAAAGCAGCAGUGCCAUCGCUGAUCUACACAUUUCAGAAUAACCUCAUGUUUUACAGCCUCACAAAGUUGAGCGCCCCAGUACAGCAAGUUCUGUACCAGAUGAAAAUUGUCACAACUGCAGGCUUGGGUGUUUUGAUGUUGGGCAAGCGGCUGGGGCCAGUGAAGUGGAGUGCCUGCUUCCUCCUGGCUUUUGGCAUUAUGGUGGUGCAGGUCAGCAGAAACGCGCAGCUUUCCAAGUCGGACUUUGUCUUGGACAUUCACUUUCUGGAGUCCUUGGAAAAUGACCAGAUGAAAGGAUUUGGUGCCGUUAUACUGGCGUGCUUCACCAGUGGCUUUGCUGGCGUGUGGAUCCAGAAGAUGCUGCAGCAGACCAGCUCUUCCAUUUGGAUGCGAAAUGUGCAGCUGGGCCUGUUUGGCUCCUUCACUGGACUGUUCGUGGCAGUUUUGCAAGAUGGUCAGCUCAUUUCUGCAAAAGGCUUUCAUGCAGGAUACAACAAGCGCGUAUUGUUGGUCAUUGCGAUGAAUGCCUUUGGUGGACUGUUAUGUGCAGUGAUGUUGAAGUAUGCCGGGGCCACGCAUGGCUGUUUCAGCACUGCCCUCUCUAUCAUUCUCACUUGCAUCAUGUCUUCCAUAUUGCUACAGGAUUUCGUGCCAGACCUGCUCUUUGUGGUAGGAACCACAAUCUCUGUGGGUGCCUCAUGUCUCUUUGCCUUAGGGUUGCCCUCGUGGUGCACUGGAUUCGAGUAG